CGGGCGCCAACAGGGAGGUGCCGCCAUGAGCCCGCCCGAGGUGGAGCCGCUCGUGGGCCGCAAGUACGAGAUCAAAAGGCGUCUGGGCAAGGGGGCCUACGGCAUCGUCUGGAGAGCGACCGACCGCCAGACAGGAGAAACAGUUGCUGUUAAAAAGAUUUUUGAUGCUUUCAGGAACAGAACAGAUGCUCAGAGAACAUUUCGAGAGAUUAUGUUCCUGCAGGAAUUUGGAGAACAUCCAAAUAUCAUCAAGCUGCUCGAUGUUAUCCCAGCAGAGAAUGACAAGGACAUCUACCUCAUCUUCGAGUCCAUGGAGACUGAUUUACAUGCUGUGAUUAAGAAGGGGAAUGUCCUGAAAGACAUCCACAAAUGUUAUAUUCUCUACCAACUUCUGAAGGCAACUAAAUUCAUCCACUCAGGGAAUGUUAUUCACAGGGAUCAGAAGCCUUCCAACGUGCUGCUGGAUGCCCAGUGCUGUGUGAAGCUGUGUGACUUCGGGCUGGCCCGCUCCCUGUGCCAGCGGGGCGAGCCCCAGCCCAGCCCCGCGCUCACCGAGUACGUGGCCACGCGCUGGUACCGAGCGCCCGAGAUCCUGCUGGCCUCCCGCGGUUACACAAAGGGUGUGGACAUGUGGAGCAUUGGCUGUAUUCUUGGAGAGAUGCUGCUUGGAAAGCCUCUUUUUCCUGGAACAUCAACAAUGAACCAAAUAGAGCAGAUCCUGAGGGUCAUCCCUGCUCCAUCCCCAGAAGAUAUUUUGGCUCUGCAGUCAGAGUACAAGGCCUCAGUUAUUAAGCACAUGAGUUCCAGGCAGCGAGUAGCAUUUGAGGAGAUUUUCCCAUCCUCCACUCCACUGCCUGCCUUGGAUCUGCUGAAGAAACUGCUGGUCUUUAACCCUGACAAACGGCUCACAGCAGAGGAGGCUCUGCAGCAUCCUUACGUGAGCAGAUUCCACUGUCCUUCCAGGGAGCCCUCUUUGGAUUUUGAUGUGAUCCUUCCUUUGGGUGAUGAUGUCCAGCUGUCUGUGGCAGAAUAUAGAAAUAAAUUAUAUGAGAUGAUCCUUGAAAAGAAGUCAAAGAGCCUUCCAAAGGAGCAAGGGCAGAGAGAAAACAUCCAGCUGAGCCAGGCUGAGUCUAGCACACCUCUGCCAGGUUUCGGCGCAGUGGCUGCACCCACCAGGAAAGGCCAGCAAGAGCCAGCACCCCCUGUGCUAAACCCUUCACAUGUGCACCCCGGAGCCACAGCUGGGGUCCAACCAGCAGGGUCCAGCCCAAGCAAGGAUUUGGCCAGAACUCUGGGUCAGAGAUCCCAGAUUAGUGUCAUGAUGUACAACCCCAUCACACACACCACUGUGCAGAGAAAUGCAAAUCCUGGUGCUGGGAUCAGGAACUGUUCUGCACCACCUCAACAGUCCAGAAUCUCCAGCAAUGAGAAACUAGGGAGACAAAUCACAUGGCCAAACACUCGGCUCUCUCCUACAAGUGUGCAGAACCUUUACAAUAAUCCCAGAAACUCUCAGUGUCACAGCAAAGAUGUUCGUCCCCUUCUGAAGCCCAGUAAAAAGAUGUUCCAGAUCACUGCAAAUGUGGGAGCUGCGGGUGAUCCAAGGGCAUCCAUGGGCAGUUACUCCCAGGCCUAUGGAACCAUCAGUAAAUCUGCACUGCAGAGCCUUCCAAUAGCAAAGGCCUCCAACAACCCUGAGCAGUGACUGUGGAGAUGUUCCAGACAGGUGAAGUACAGCUCAUCCCUCAGCCCC